UAUUAAAGUGAGUUUUAAUAUUUUGUAUAUUCUUGUUUACGAAGUUUUAUGUCAAUUUGAUUGAUUUAGAAAAUUUCUUAUCAACUUUGGAAACGAGCAAACCCUGGAAAUCCCAACUUCCAGUUUUGGUUAGAUGAUAUGAUCAAAUUUUAAUACCAGUAAAUCUCCCAAGUUCAGACAGAUUAAAGAAGCCAAAUAAAACUAAUGGCUCUGAAUAACAUAUUUGACUCCAUGUUUGGAAUAGAAUACUGAUGUUUACUAAUUAAUAUUAAACUGGAUAACUGAAUGAAUACACAACCAACUCCAUAUACUACUGACAUCAAUACAUAAUGAAAGAAAAGAAGGAAAGAAAAGUUCAAACAACAAACAAGCCAACAUUUGAAAGUUUGUUUGGAUUUUCCCUUGAUGAAUGCAAGAGAUGGAGGUCAUUUGUAACAUUGUUAUGUCGUCCAAUGGAUCCAGCAUCCCUUGGGAUCAUGAGGAUAGUAUUUGGAUUGUUGAUGGUAAUAGACAUACCACAAGAGAGAGGGUUAGGACAUGCUGACAUGAGAUUUCAACAAAAUGUGUGUUACUUCCCUUUCUUUAACUUCCUGCAACCACUUCCAAUUCAGUGGAUGAUGGUAGUUUAUGGAUUCAUGUGGUUAGGUGCCUUUGGUAUAAUGAUAGGAUUUUUAUAUCGUCUGAGCUGUAUUUUAUUUAUGGUGCCUUACUGGUACAUAUUCUUACUAGACAAGACAUCAUGGAACAAUCAUUCUUAUCUUUAUGGUUUGAUAUCUGUCAUGUUUUUCCUCUGUGAUGCUAACCGUUACUGGUCUGUUGAUGGUUUGUUAUGGAAGAGUUGCAGAAAUAGUCAUGUUCCUCUAUGGAACUAUACAGUAUUUAGAUUUCAGGUUUUUCUUGUAUAUUUUUAUGCUGGAAUCAAGAAGUUAGAUUUUGACUGGAUGUUUGGGUAUUCCAUGACAAAUUUGUCCAAGAAAUGGGUAUUUGAACCAUUCAGAUUAAUAAUGACAGAUGAUCAGAUAGAUCUAUACAUUGUACACCUAGGAGGAUUAAUAUUAGACAUGUUUGCAGGAUUUUUGUUAUUUUUUGACAAGACUAGACCAUUAGCAUUUUUCUUUGUUGGAUCAUUCCAUUUCAUGAACUCCCAAAUGUUCAGUAUAGGCAUGUUUUCAUAUACCAUGUUAGCGACCAUGUUGAUAUAUUGUUAUGCUGAUUGGCCAAGGUUGUUGUUCAGUAAAUGUCCACAGUGGAUGAAGAUUGUUUUACCUUCAGAUGAUGGGAUACAGACCAGUAGUUAUUGUAUCUAUAGUAAAGAAGAUAUAAAACCAGAUAAUAGAAAAAAGAAAGAAAGUGAGCCAAAGUCAAAAGAUCCACCAUCGAAGAAACCUCCUCCUACUGCACCAGGUUAUGGCCAUCAGAUAUGGACAUUCAUUGUUUUACUUUACAUAGCAACUCAGCUUUUCUUGCCAUUUUCACAUGGACUUACUAAGGGUUACAAUAAUUGGACAAAUGGAUUGUAUGGGUAUUCCUGGGAUAUGAUGGUUCAUAGAUGGAACACACAACACAUAAGAAUCACAUAUGUUGAUAAAAAGACAGGAGAUGUUGGAUAUUUAGCUCCUGAUGCAUUCAAUAAUGAAAGGCAUUCCAGAUGGAGUGCUCAUGCUGAUAUGGUCAAACAAUAUGGAACCUGUUUAGCUGAUAGAUUAAAACAGUAUGAUCUUGGGGACAUUGAACUCUACUUUGAUAUCUGGAAAUCACUGAACCAAAGAUUUCAACAAAGAAUGUUUGAUCCCAGAGUAAAUAUUUUAGAAGCAGAAUGGCAUCCUUUUAAAAGAACAUCCUUUGUUGAACCACUAUUAGUUGAUUUGUCAGGUUGGAGAGAAAAGUUAGACCAGAUUAAAGAUCAGUUAGAUAACCAUACAGAUGUUGUAUUUGUAGCUGAUUUCCCAGGCUUAUAUCUAGAGAAUUUUGUGCAGGAAGAUUUAAGUAAUACCAGUAUUACAGUCCUUGCUGGAGAAAUCCUUGUUGAACUUGUAGACAAAAAAGAGAAUUAUACACUCAGCGUUAACCAAUCAAUGCAGCUUCCACCAAAUGAGUUCCACAAUGUACAUACCAUAUCAGAAGUACCUUCAUGUUAUAUGUACCUGUUUGUCAACACAACUGAUAUUGACUAUGAGAAAAACUUUACAGAGUAUGAACAGUAUUUUAAUAUGACAAAGAACUGUACAGACAAAUGUGCAGAAGCAAGUUUAAAUUUGACAAAAAAGUUUGCAAGUGAUCCUUACAGAGAUCUUUAUGAUCAGAGAAUUGCCAAGAGAGAAGAAAGACAACAGAAGAUACAACUACCUGCUUGGAGCAAAUUAUUCAAAUUUAUUAGCUUUAAAUUUGAUAUUUUUAGAAGAAGCUUUAUACUGAUAGGAGGAGCAGUGAAAUGUAUUGUUUUACAGCAGAACUUUGAGGAGUUCCUGACCAGUUUUUAUGAAUCAGAAUCAUCUGCUGGAAACAAUCCUCCUGAACAAGGUACCAGUCAUGCAGAAAUUAGUGUUGAUUUAUAGGACUGUUCAACUAGCAUCAUUUUCAGAUGAUAAAAUUCACAUUAAUGUGAUUGGUUAGAAUUAUUAUAGUUGCAAUAUUAAUCAACAAUCAUUUUUUGUUUUGGAAAAAGACUGCAUGCUAUGAAAAUUAACUGAUAUAGGAGAAUUUUAUACAACAUACUUAAAUAGAUUUGAAUUAAUUUUAUAUAUACUUUAUCUGAAGAAUUUUAGAAUAAUAUUUUGUCUGAAGAGUAUUUGAAUAUUCAUCAUGAGAAGAAAGUUGAAAAUUUGUAUAAUCUGUCUCCCUGUUGAAGAUUUGUUUUUAUUGUUUUUCAUAUGUUAUAUGAUUCUAUACAGAAUUAUUUUAUGCUCUAUCUGGUUCAAACUGUUAGGCAUUUAGAUUGACCCUUGUCUGUUCUUUCAUUUAUACAUCUAUACGUUUCAGUUUGUUUUUAGGUCUAGGUCCAUUUCUCAGAAUCCUUUGAUAAAGAUUCAAUUGUAUUUGAAAACUUUUGUCUUUCUAAAUUAUUCAAUGCUAUUCAUCAUUAUUAAAGUUACUUAGAGUGACAUUUUAAACUUGUGUUAUAUCUGACAAAACCAGACAUACAAACAAAGACAAACAACAAAGUCCAGAUAGCCUGACUUGGUACAGACACUAAAAUGUGAUGGGGUUUAUUCCAGUUUUACCUGCACAAAAACCUCCCCCCUUUGCCUUUCUAAAACAUUUCCUAAAAAUGAAAAAAAAAAAAAUAAAUAAACUGAACAGUGCAGCUAUAAAGUUUGCAUUUGUGUCCAUUUUCAAAAAAUAUGUUGAUAUAUUUAUGGAAUUACAACAUAAGUAUUCUUGAGUAGUACAAUGAGAUUCAUCCAAAUUUUUGAACAAUUUGGCAAGAUUAAUAUAGAGCACAAGUGUCGCCCAAAAUGAUUUUUUUCCUGUGAAUAGUGUUUUAUCAAAGUACAUAGAUUCAAAAUUUUGAUUAUGAAAAUCAAAGAUAGUUUGAGAUAUAUUUUAUUUUAGGCCCAUAUUGUACCCUUUCCUAUCUCUAAAGUCUAUGAAGAUACAUCAGUAUUUCAUGUAUACAGUAUUGAUGUAUGAAUAACAUCUUUCUCAUGUAUUUUAUUGUACAUUGUGCCAUUCAUGUCUUGAAGACACAACUUUUUAUAACUUAAGGAGGAUGUCUCAUAUGGUUAAGACUUCUUGAAGGUAAUGAAAUGCCAUCAUUAUAUAUUUUCUCAUUUCAUGUAAAACACUGUGGGAGUUUGAGUUUUUGAUCCCUAGCAAAGUCAAACCAUAGACUUAAAAACUGCUACUUCUCUGCUGAGCACGCAGACUGAUUGUUACCUUGUGAACUAGCAUGUUAAAAAGCUUUCUCAUCCUGUUGGUCUAGUACAUAGCAGGGUUCAUAUUUAUAUGCAUUUAAUAUGCCACUGGGUGUUAACCAGGAGGGGGCGGUAGGAAGGGGUGUCAUCCUGAAUUCCUGAAAAAAUAAAGCAUUCUUUCUCUGAUCCUGAAAAAUUAAUCAUUUUAAGUCCCGACAAAGGUAAAUCCUGAAUUCCCUCAAAAAUAAAUUCCUGCAAAAAAUAAAAGCUGAUUCCCGACGUCCCUAUAAAGGUCCUUCUGCCCCUCAACCAGCCAUCUAUCAUUAUCAUAUAAAAUAUCAGUUACCUUUAAUGUUCCCUUUAUUGGUGUCAAACUGAUCUGUCAUGUGGACGACAAUUUACUUUUUUCAGACAAAAAUUGAUGACAAGUUGGUCUUUAUUGAUGACCUAGAGAGACAAAUGUAACCGUAGAAUCUAGGAAUUGAAGUUUAUGAAUUAAAUUAAUGUUUGUUGAAAAUUAGUAAUCGGAGGUCAGUGUAUAUAAAAUAAUUAACUUAAUGCAUGUCUCUCUUAUUAUUGUAAAAGAAAAUUCAAUAUAGAGUUCAAUAUUUAAAAAAAGUUCUCAAUCCCACAGUUCUUUUGAUAAUUCAUUAAAACAAACAAUUAAGGUUGACCUGUAAAUGUAAAUUGUAAUAUAACUUUUAGACUUAGUUAAGUCUUUAUACAGCUUACUGUAAUUUGUCUGUUACAAUUGAGGUAUGGACUGAGUUGAAAUUUAAGGUAAUUUUGUAGGACUUCAUAGGAAGUAAAUUGGUGAUAGUUAUUGCUUGAUGUUAUAGAAUUCUUUAUUACAUGUAUUACUUGUCAAACAGAAAUAGAUAGUAACUAUUCUGAAAUUUUGUUUCAUGUUUUUACUAUCAAUUGGUGUAGAGAGAAAGGAUAGUUUACAUUUUUUGCAAUUACAUGCUUUCUCAAUUGCCUUUCGCUUCUUCAUAUUUUCCUAGAUCCUUUUAUAAGUGUGGAUGUUUUAUCUUCAAGUGAAGCUUAGAAUUAUGUUCCCUGUUUAAGCUUGUAUAUAGUUGGAAGACUGUCCAUGCAUGGUUGUUACAUGUCUUAGGCAACCAUUUUUAGCAUUUGAAUAACAAGAUCUGUAUUGUCUAUAGAGAUUUCUUCUUAUCUUGUGUUGCAAUCAUAUUUCUUUAUUAUUUUGCAUAUGUGCUUUUAUUUGUCAUCAGGUUCUUGUUUAGAUGUGUAAAAGUGUAGUUAUUAAGAUCUUUUUGAUAUGUGUUGUUCUUAUUAAAAUGUUGUUUUUAAAUGACAAUUAUUUUUGUACUUUUUGCAAUUAUGUUCAAAUUCUAUAUAUGAUAUAUAUAAUAAAGACAUUGUUUUAUUAAAAAAAAAAGCAUAAUGUAUUUCUUUUAAUUUGCAAGCGGAUAAUGAGUACAAACUGAUUAAAUCUUUAUAAAAAAAUAUGUUACAAGCACAUAUUGUAAGCUUUUCAUUUUUAAAUCAUUGUAUUUUAUUUUGAAAGUAUUAUAUAAUCUAGAAAUCCUUUUUUUCAACUGUAUUUUAUUUUGAAAGUUUUACAUUACCUAGAAAUCCUUUUUUUAAUUGUAUUUUAUUUUGAAAGUUUUAUCUUACCUAGAAAUCCUUUUUUAUAUGAGAAAACAAGAGCACUGUAAAAUAUUUACUUGUUUUUGGUUUCAUAUGUGCCAAAAAAUACUGUUUUAGUUCAAAUUUACUUUUAUGCCCUUUUACCCAAUGUAUGUUAUGUUAUGAAAUUUAACCCAAGUCCAAUGGAUGCAGACAUACAUAUUUGAUGUGUAAAUUUUUAGAUGGGCAGAUUUAAGUUUUUGGAUCAGACCUGUAUCUCAAAAAUUAUUCAAGACUGGUUAAAAAUAUUUUGUGUGAUAAUUCUUUACGUGUAUAUGAACACAUAUACCUGAAAAGUUCCUGAGUAAAUUGUCCAUUAAGAUAAUUCAAAUAUUGCAGCACGCUAGGUAUUUCAGUUUGUAAACACUUGUAUUUUAUUGUCCCCUACCCAAAGCCUAGAGGGGGACACAAAAUACUGGGCAUCCAUCCAUGUGUGCAUCCUUACAGUUUUGUAAGCGCUCUCAUGUGUACAAUUCUUGCUAGAUCAGCAAUGUCUCAGACAAGUUCCAAAAUCAGUGUUGAUCAACUUGUUUUUAAAGAGUUCUGCCCCUUGGAAAUAUUAAUAAUAUGGAAAAUUGCAUUGUAAGCACUCAAGCAUACAUUUUCUAAGAUUUUUAUAAAAAUUUUAUUCUUUUUAUUACAUUGACUUUUAAUGGAAGUAAAGUAAAGUUUCUAAGGCUUUGUAAAUAUUUAAAUUAAGAAAGAAAUUGUGAAAUGAAAUUAACUGAUAGAUAUUUCAUAUUAAUACAUUGAUUGCAAUGAAUUAUCGUGAGUUCCCAGUGAAAUAAAAACUGAUAAUUUCACUCCUCUGACGUCAUAUAACAAUGUGUUUUGUCAAGAAGUUAACGUUGUUGAUACCUUUGCAUCAAUACAAUUGAGAAUGCAUAGAAAAAGGUAUAUUUGCUUUCAUUUUUACUUUAUUUCCAUUUAAAAGUCAAUGUAAUAAAGAGAAUAACUAAUCCAAGAAUUACAAUAUUGAAAAAUAUUCAACUUGUGACCUAACAACACUGAUAAUUUACUCAUGUGCUGUGCUAUAUUUGAAUUCUUGGAUUACUUAUUCUAUAAUAAACGAACAAAUGUAAAGACUGCACAUGAUAAACAAAUACAUGCAUACUGUUUUAUUUGAAAUUAAAAAGAUCAAAUAUUAGCAUAAUGCAUUUAUUUUAUUAUUGCUAUCUGUGAUAAAUCAUAAGACUCUUUUUAGUCCUAUACCGACGAAGUCGAAGGGGACUUUAGGUUUGCACUCCGUCCGUCCGUCUGUCUGUCUGUCCGUCUGUCUGUCCUUCUGUCAGUCCGGCAAAUCAGUUUUCCACACUUUUUUUCUUCAUGCAUGAAAAUAUUGAUUUAAUAAUUGUUACAUUGUUUUAUCAUGACAAGUUACAGAUCAAGUUCGAAUUUUAUUCCAGUCUGAUGAUUUUGUGCAGAGUUAUGGUCCUUGGACUUAGAAAAUUCACUCAAAUAAUAAGUUUUCCGCACUUUUUUUCGUCAUGCUUGAAGAUAUUGAUUUGAUAAUUGGUAUAUAGUUUAAUCAUGACAAGUUACAGACCAAGUUUGAAUUUUGUUUCGGUUUCAUGAUUUUUUGCAGAGUUAUGGUCCUUGGACUUAGAAAAUUAACUUAAAUUUUCAGUUUUCCUCACUUUUUUUCGUCAUGCUUGAAGAUAUUGACUUGAUAUUUGUUAUAUAGUUUACACCAUGACAAGUUAUAGAUCAAGUUAGCAUUUUGUUCCAGUACAAUUAAUAUUUAACCGGUAGGGGACUGUGUAUUGCCAUGCAAUACUCUCAGAAUGCUUGUUUUAAAUUUCCAUUUUUUCUUUAAGUGUAGCUUCAUUGUUUUCUUCAAGCCUUUUUAAUGCUUUGCAUUUUUAUGUGCAAUAAUAAUAUGACAAGUAAUUAUGGUUGUCUGUAGCAAAAUAUUAUAAAUGCUCCCAAUGUAUAUAUAUUAAUUAAAAUUUAUGCAUUUUUUUGUACAAAAGUUUGAAAAUAAAGUCAUUUGUCAACAAAUAAUAUGACACUAUUUUGCAUAAUUCAAAUUGCAUCCCUUAAAGGGAAACUUCGCAAAAAAAUAAAAAAUUGAUAUUAUGUCCAUUCUGUAUAAAAAAGCACAAAUUCAUAAAUAUUAAAGUUUUAUUCUGCUAGAUAAGAGAUCACCAUCGAUUUUAAAUUUAGAGUAUCAAUUCUCUGCGUGCGGCCAUUUUGACAUCUUCUCGGUUUAGAAACCACGAUAUAUCUAUAAACCACAAAGGACCAAAACCAGCAGUAACCUAACGUAGUCGCAUUUAUCCGACUAACUAACUUGAUACGGAAAAUGUAAUUAUUUUUUUAAAUAACUAUGGUCUGUCGUUUUUAAACUGUUUUUUCUUUACGAAGUUUUUGAAACAAGAAAUUUAUAUGGGAAUUAGUUAAAAAGUCAAAGUUCAAUGUCAUAAAUAAGUGUUCCGUGUAAAAUCGUUUUCGAAAAUCUAAUUUGUUCAUAAUUCUUUUAUGUAAUAAACUUAUUUAAAUAAAUUCGGACCUUCUCUUAUCUGAUCACCAGCAUGGCUAAAGGAAUUAUUCCCUGAGGUAUUGUGAGGUGACACGUCCAGGUAUUCAAGCGAUUUCCUGUCGGGCUUAAAAACUCUUAUUACACAAUUACAUAAAGCAUGUUCAUGCAUCGCUUCACUUCUGAGGGUAUUGAUCAGUGUACACAGCCGAUAACUUGUAACUUUCCACUUUGAAACUAUCAGGUGUUAAUAUCUCUGUCUUGCGUGUCCGAUAGUGAUAUACUAGUCAUUACUAAACUCAUACGCUUGUUUAUAAAUAACAUUUCUGGUGUAAAGAAUGAUAUUUAUGAAAAUCUAAAUAAUUCCCAAAAAAGAUUUGAUAAAAUAAAAAUCUAUUUACAUAUUUUUUCCAAGGGUAAAUUGGGGAAAAUGUAAGUAUAUACUCGUUGUCAAUAAUGAUGCACAUUUUGAAACAUGAAAGACUAUUGAUUUAACAAAAAUGUACGCACAUGUCGAUCAUUGGUUUAUACGCCUAGAUUGAAAGUUACGGAACUUUACGGAUAGUCGCAAUUUAAAAUUGUAUAUUGAAUAUAAGAAAGAACAUCCAGAACCGAUUUGAUUUAAAUACAGGUCGAUAUCUAACUUGCUUUGGUUCAUCGAAGUUAUGGACACAGUAAAAUCACAGAUUUAUAUUUCAAUUAGAUUGUUCUCGAACAGUUGAAGAAAUUCGACAUCAUCUCAAUUGUUGCGUAUAAUGUAUAUUAAUGUGAACAUGGUUCUAAUAGAACCUUAUGCCAAUUUUCCUGUUCCGACAUGCAUGUAAUAUAUAUGCAUCUGGACGUACACUAAUGAUCCCCAAAAAGUUUAUUUGAAGAAACAAAGAAACUUCACUCCGGAUAGACUGAUAGUAGUUGUAUUAACGUCUGAUCAGCUUGAGGGUUGAUUAAUUUAUUACGUUAGCUUGUGGGGGAAUAAACCAUUCCCAAUAUUGCACUUAUGCAUAAAAUAUUAAAUAAGAGUAAUAUAAGAGAAAAUAUAAAUACGAAAAGUCGCAUAUCUGGUAAAAAAAAGUCUCACCAACUAUAGGAUUUCACGUACAAUUGUCAUUAUAAUCGAAAUAACGGACAGUCAUUAAAAUACAUGCAUGUACGUUUAGAUAAAAAGGGGUGCUGCAGUUGCAUAUUAUUCAUCAUAAAUCUAUUUCAAGUUUAUACUUUCCUGUUAUUCUUAUCAGUUAACGCAGAGACAUGUAACUAUACAUCUCUAGUUAACGACAAUCAACUAUAUAAAUAUCUGAAUCUGAUGUGACUUUCCGUUCAUCUCUAGUGGUUCAUCUCUUUCAUUUUUUUUUAUUUGGGCAGGAACAUAAACAUUGUUCGAUAUAAUGUUCCCAGGUUUGAAGGGGGGGGGGGGGUUGGAGGUCAAGUCUAUCGAAAGUUACAAAAUAAGAACAUUGUAUUUAUGAAUUUACAAGAAGAAUUCUGUUCUUGGACGUAGUUUUCUUCUUUUUUUUUAGUUCAGUGAUUUAAAUUGAGAAAAAAUCUAGUCAGAAUUUAAAUCGUUCCGGCAAUCCCCCACCUAAGACUCCACUAAAAUCAUGAAUGGUCAUGCUUCACAAUCAUCAGAAUUUACUUUGCAUUGGUACAUUCUGUAUCGGUAGUGAUUAACCUUGACAUUUCCGGGUAUAACAGAGCUACUUGUAUAUUACCUGUAUGUGGUUAGGUACAUCGUUCCAUGAGGUCUUACGUAUACAGGUUCACAUUUAUAAUGGUUUCUGAUAUAACAAGGUUUUAUGACAUUCACACUUCUGCAUGUUCUAUAUACCAGUUUCUUAUCUUUUUUUCAGACCGAAUGAGGAUGUGAAUAUUUUCCAGGAAAAAUAUUGAGUAUCAAAGUAUCAAAUUAAUUUCGGGAUAUUUUUCUUUCUUUGUAUUAAAUCACAGAAAUUUAAAGAAUAUACUGCUUAUAGAUAUAAGAA